GCAAGCUACGUUCUUCACAGCGGGCUGUGAAAACUGGCGCGUCUCUUUGAUUUAAACACGUUGUUUUGAUAACGUGUCGUACAUAUACUUCGACUAAACGUGUUAUAUAAGUUAUCGACGUGUUGCUUGAAUCUUUUUUGUUUUAUGGUUCGAAAUUAUCCUACUUUGAAAUUACCGUAUCGUUUUGUUUAGUUGGCUAGCUUGUUAGCAUUAGCCUAAUGUCAGGAAAAGUUCGCCGUUAUUCGCAAACUAGUGGAUAUUGCUAGCUUGCCGUCCAUUAGAGCUAGCUCGCUACGUCGACAAAAGUAAGUCGUAGUAGUAGAGUUACGUUAGUUUAGUGCUUGUUAUACAUCAAACGCUUUUCUGGUACUUAAGAAAGCAAGUACCGUUUGUUGUGAGCAUUUCCGUGACACACAAAGUGAAGCAGUGGGAAUACAUUGAUAGCUGGCCAGCUAGCUAAUUUAGAAGCUAGCUUGGUUAGUCUUUUUCAGUUAGCUAGCUACUUAGCUAACUGGCUAAAUGCUUAUCACGAGAAUGGACCUGUUGAACUAUCAGUACUUGGACAAAAUGAACAAUAACAUUGGGAGACUACACUACGAAGAUGAGUCAGGUCUCACAGGAGAGUCCAGGAUGCAACCCAUGACCUCUUCCAUGGGCAGUUCCAGAACGGGGCCCCCUCCCGUAAGUCCGAGCAAAAGAAAAUACAUCGGGGAGCACAUUGAGGACCGCAUUGAUUGCGACAAUGAGCAUGUGACCAAAAUGAGCCGACUGUUUGCUGCACAACUGAGGGCAAAAGCUUCAAAUGGAGACAAUGGCCAAGACCCAUGGAGUCAUGCACACAGCCCCUUUGAGUAUCCCCCUAACGCAAUUAAUAAUCUUCAUGGCAACUUGGUGUAUGCGCCCAUGCCCAUCUUUGCUAUGGACCAACCCUUGGCUCUGACUAAAAACAACAUGGACGCCGGGCGGACCUCCACAGCGCUGCCCGCCACUGCCCCAGUGGAGCGUCAGCAGAAUCGUCCCUCUGUAAUCACUUGCGCUCCGGCAAGCAAUCGCACCUGUAGCCUGUCUCAUUGCCACAUGUCCCAUGAUGGCUGCAACUCAAACUCCAAGAGCAAAGGAAAUGCCAACAUGGUCUGUGACCCUGUGAUUGAGGAGCACUUCCGCCGCAGCCUGGGCAAGAUUUACAAGGAGCCAGAGCCAGCAUCCAACUCUGUAUCCAUUACGGGCUCUGUGGAUGAUCACUUUGCCAAAGCCUUGGGUGAGACCUGGCAUCAGAUCAAGGCCAAGGGCAGUGGCUCUCGGAGCCCCAAGUCCUCCUCAUAAAAGAAUGGCAACAAGCCGCUGGUGACAUGCCCCCCCCCCCCAUUUAUGAGAUCAUAGGGAAUUACGGUCCCCUACCACACCCCCUUGUCUCUCUCCCUCUGCAAGCAUUUUCGCUUUAAAGUGCAGCUCUUUGACAAUAUACUUCCAUUUAUAGCCAAACAUAGACGAGCGUUGAACAACAUUAGUGAAAUGAUAUUGCAAAGUGGUAGAUUGCGGGAAGGUGUCAUCGUUUUUUUAUAUAUAUAUAAGAUUAGGCCAAAUAGCAAGAGAUUAACGUGAUAGAUACUUAGGCCUUGUUGGAGCUUGGCUACCAAAGAAAUCUUAGUGUUAACAAGCCAUUGUUUCUGUGAUAUUCUUUCACCCUGGCUCUUUAACCUUUUAUCUUAAUAUAUUGUGUGUAUAUAUUUACUUGAAAUGGAUGGCCAAGGCUGGUUUUGCACUAUGGCAUGAGUCACAGGGAGAGAAAUUUAUGGAGGCUAUUGACAAAAUCAUGCAUCUGGCUAUUUGACUUAUUAUUUUUUUUUUUUUCACUGCCUUUUAUUUCACAAACCUGGAAUUAACAAUGUGUCUUGGGCGGAAGGCCCCACGACACUCAUCGAGUAGAUGUAAAUACAUGUUAAUUUAUAGGGAAGGUGUAAAAUAGAUUUUUAUACCUUACCUAAAGCCUUAGUGAGGCACAGAUAAGUCGCUGGAGUCUGCCUAGAGCAGUUGUGUCUUGCGCAUUUUUAUUUUAGCUGUGCCAUUGGAGGGCAGUGUCAGCCAUCUUCCCUGGUGUCACCACCACAGAAGCAUCACGUGGGUGAAGCACAGUGCUACAUUUGACCAUUUUUCUUUAUUUUCUUUUUUAUUCUUCUUUUGAGGAAAUUGAGUUUUUUUAAAAAGAGUUCAGCAGAAACUGCUUGGGUAGAAAAAUGUGGUUUUGAAAAUAGUCCCUGGGCUGAUUUACUGUAAUUGCAGCCCUAAGCAUACUGAAUAUAAUCUUUUUUUUUUUCUUUUUUUCUCCUUGGCUGUCUGUUAGCAAGGUAAUGAGAAGCAGCAGGACCAGAAUCCUGUUUGGCUCCUGUAAGGCACUUGUUCAAUUGGUCAUUUGUCAUGUUUUGCACCACAUAACAGAGACAGCAAACAUCGACCGAUAUCACUCUGCACUCAAUUAGUAAAUACCAGUGUGCUGCAGUCCAAAACACGUGCAAAACAUGACGAAAAUCUGAACAAGGUGUUAACGCUCACACUCCCAAGUUCUGUUUUGUUUUCACAACAACUUUGAUCUCAUCCUGUUAAGUCAGCUUUUUGCUUUGUUUUGGAUCCUUAAGCACUGUGUUUUGGUCAACGUUGGCCAAGUGGUGUGAAGUAGGUCUACCGCUUACAAAUGCAUGCUUGAAAAAUAGCUGGUAUCUAUUACAAACCAUAUCAUAUUCUAUGCUAAUUAGUCUUCAGAUUUCGUUUUAUUUUUGUCAGUAACAGUUUAGAAAUACUUACUGCUGGCACAGUUAUUGUACUCCAAUAUAUUUUUUAUAUCAAUACUCAUACGUUUUGCCUCUCGCUUUGAAGAAUACAAGGCCUCUGGAAAGGCAAGUUGCUGUAUACGGGGGAGCCAGGUUUCCCCCUCCCCGAUCACUGCAGCGCAGGAUGCGUUGGCUUCAUGCAGAACUGUUAUCAUGUAGAAAUCAGAAAUCUUCAAAAAGCAUCUACAGACUGGUCUACUAAAGAGCUAUUCACUAUCUAUCUAUCUAUCUAUCUAUCUAUCUAUCUAUCUAUCUCCUGUUGUUUUCGUUUUGUUUUUUGUUUUGCAAGUGGACUCUGAUUGAUGAGGGCAUACAGUACAUUCCUAGCUUUGGGACACAGCGCAGGACAGGUGUCACAUUCCUCCCCAAGUGCACAGGUGUGUUUGGGAAAGGAAUCCAGCCCAUUGGUUUAGACAGAGACUAACCCAUGCUGAUGAAGAAGUCACACUGGGUGUUGCAGUUGUUGGUCUUGUGUCAGUCCCUUCUAACUUUGUUGUCUAUGGUGGUCAUUUGACCUCUCGUUAUCACACCAUCUGCUUCUGAACUGUGAUCUCUCUCUCUCUCUCUCUCUCUGGGCAGUUUGAGCUCAACUGGCACAAUUGAGACACAGUAUUUUACUGCUUUUUGUAGCUAUUUUCAGAAAAUGUAUUAGAUUCAAGCAUAUCCAUGUAGGAUGAAUGAUGAGAUAUAAGCAGUGGGUCAACAUAGAAGUUUUACAAAUGUGAGUGACAGGUGAGAUACUGAUUAGGUGAUGGCACUUUGAGUAUGGUGUCUUGAUGCUCUGUGCAUCUUGUGAAUCUGUAUUGAUUAAGCUGACUUUGUCUUCACAUGACAGUAAUACAUUCCUAUGACUGUUGAAGAGAGGCAAGUCCUGUUCGGCAUAAACUCACUCCUCACUCCGUUGUUUGUCUCAUAAGCAAUAACUGUUUAUCUCUGCCAGAUGUGGUGCAUGGUUGGCCUAGAGGGAUUUUAUGAGUGUGUAGGUUCUUUCUUUUUUCUUGUUGGACAUAGCAUUAAAGCAUAGCAUAGCAUUAAAUCUGUUAAAGGGGAUAUGUGAUGGUCUUCAGUUGUCUUGAAGACACCAUUACGUCCACGACAACACUCCUCUAUUCACUUGCAUGCAUUCAUUACAGUGGCGGUUCGGACUGGUGCUAGGAGAGAUUGAGUUCCAAAGCUAGGGGGUUAGCAUGCUAACGUUCGGACUGGUGCUAGGAGAGAUUGCGUUCCAAAGCUAGGGGGUUAGCAUGCUAACUUUACUGGAUAUCCGGGCUAACACAGCAUAGAUGUCACAUUCUUCACAUUUUGUUACUAGGACAUUUUUGAAUGUUUUAAAAAUCAAAUACAGCAUUUUAGAAAGUUGAAUAGUAAAGGUAGUGGCUUAUUCCUGAUUCUACAACUUCAUCAGUUAGUAACCUUGCUGGUUUACAUUUGUUAAUGUUUACCAUGUCUUGCAAAUAGUCUCUGCACUUCAUAACAAGAUUAUAUGUCUUGUGAAAUGAGAGCCAAUAUUAGAAAUCUGGCCUCUUUCUCCAUCAAAGCUAGGGGGUUAGCAUGCUAAUGUUCGGACUGGUGCUAGGAGAGAUUGCGUUCCAAAGCUAGGGGGUUAGCAUGCUAACUUUACUGGAUAUCCGGGCUAACACAGCAUAGAUGUCACAUUCUUCACAUUUUGUUACUAGGACAUUUUUGAAUGUUUUAAAAAUCAAAUACAGCAUUUUAGAAAGUUGAAUAGUAAAGGUAGUGGCUUAUUCCUGAUUCUACAACUUCAUCAGUUAGUAACCUUGCUGGUUUACAUUUGUUAAUGUUUACCAUGUCUUGCAAAUAGUCUCUGCACUUCAUAACAAGAUUAUAUGUCUUGUGAAAUGAGAGCCAAUAUUAGAAAUCUGGCCUCUUUCUCCAUCACCAACCACCAACUUGACUUCCAAAACUCCCCGCACCUCAGCUGUGGCCUCUUUGAAUUUGCAUGGUGACCACUUAAGUAAACAUAUCAUUCCCAUAACAUAUGUAAAUAUGAGGUCCGUAUACUGACCCCCUCAACUUUCUUUUAACCUUUUAGACCUACCUUAGCCUUUAUCCUUGAGGUGUUUUUUUGCCUCUCUAAUGAUAUAGAUGGAGAGUUUUUGACUUUGUGAUAAGGUUCAGCCAUGCGUGGCAUGGGCCAAUCAUGGAGGAAGGGCAAUCGCUUUACAAUGAAAAAGAGAGAAAAAAAACAGUCAGUCUGAUUGAGGCAUUGAUAUGGUGUCCAUCUCCAGAGGACCACUCAUCUCUAGCACAUCCCCGGUCUCCAUCAGGUCCUGUAAACGGGGUCUAAAUGGCCAAAUAUGAGGGGUGGCCUCAGGUUGAUGACCAAAGAUUCUGUUCUAGAAUCUUUGUUGAUGACCCUGCUGCUGGUUUAGAAGCUAAAGGCUGUGACCAGUCUGCCCUCAGCAGGUAUACAAGCCUUGCCUGUGUUGUGUUGUGACUGUAUUUCUUGUAAAUGAGAUCAGUGGAACUAGGAAAGCCAUUAGUAACUGGGAACUGGCAGACUAAUGGACUGUUAAUGAACGGCAUUGACUCACAGAAACAUCCGAGAACCUACAAUGUAAUAGACACGCAGCCUAAGGCUUUUCCCCCCCACAACAAAUGUUUUGGCUAAACAACUACUUUGGAUUAAUUUUCUAGCUUGUGAAAGUGGCGGAUCGCCAAUAUUGACUUUCUACCUGAAUUAGUAGUCAUCAAGAUUUCCAAACUGUUUCUGGUUGCGAACUUCCUCUCCCAUUCAACUUUAGUUUUGACUUGAAAUUUCUGACGACUGCAUUUUUUUCCCUUCCUUUCCUAAGAGCACCGUUGCUCAUUGCACCUUUAGACAGAUACACUCCUUUGUUGCCGGCAGACUGGAGAACCACUCGGUAGCAUGAAACAGACGGUGGGGAGAAGAGUUAUUGACUGCAUGAUGAAUGCUUGAGAAAUUGAUAAGCACACAGCUCAUCUGUUUGUGCUGACACUAAGAAAGUAAAAACAAUCCCAAUAGUGCAAGCUGUAAAUUGCCUCAGACAGAGCAGCCGGGGUAAUUUCUUGAAAGUUGUUGAGCUUGGCUCGAGAGGGUUCUUGAAAUGUAUUCUUCAGAGUGUAUCAAUCAGCAUCUAGUAACUAAGGAUGUGUUCAGUGGAUCCUCAUUCAGAGUCCCUUGCAAUUUUUACAAGCUUUUCAAGUUCCUUGUAAUUCGAAAUGCUUCCUUUUUAUCACUAUACUGUAUUUGUAAGACUAUCAUUGCGCCGUGCGCGAUGAACACUACUUCUCUUUUUUUUUGCCUCGAGUAGAUGAUUCAUGAUGGGUAGUUAUUUAAUAUUCAUUAUUCUGUCAGCAUGCAUUUAUAUCAUUUAAAAAAGUUGAUCUUUUUUGAAAGACCCGUCAUAGGUUAAAUCAAGUGCAGUUUUGUGAAAGUUUUUUUUUUUUUGGCGGGAUGGCCUAAUGACGAGAACACUGAACACGUAAUGUAAUUUUCUUUUCUUUUUUUUGUCUCUGUGCCACAAACCAGACCAAAGUCGUGAGAACUGCCUGUUUGAUAUAGGUCGGUCUGCUGACGCAGGAGUUCAGUGCGACUGUUCAAAGCAUCCAUCAAGAGCACUGUAUUCAAAAACUUCUGUUUAAAUGCCAUUAACAGUUUGUAAGAAAGUGUUCUUUACAUGGUGGCCUUAUUUUUUUGUGUUUUUCAGAAAAAGAAAAAAAUGCAUUUUAUACUCCCCUAACCUUAAGAACAUUAAAGUGCUUUUAUCACA